ACUUAAACUCAUAGGCUACCGGUCACUUCUCGUUCCACAGCGCGCACACACACACUAUAGGAAAGCCGUACAGGUCACGUGGCAAAGGUGCGCAUUUUUCGUGUGUGGGUGGAUGCUUUGCCUGUCAGGGUCACACCUGUCGGGCGGUGCCGUCAGCGGGGUGUCACUCAUUCACUCUCUCUUGCCGGUCAUUUGGAACUGGGAAUGACAUGGCGGAGUGUUAAUGCAUCAUGGCCUGUGAAAGGAAUUACAAGGCUAACCGAAGAAGGGGACCACAUGAAGUUAUGUGUAACAAGUCUGGAGCUAAACUGCUCAGCUGUUUAAACCACAGAGGAACAAUUAGAACAUAGGUUUAGGAGAGGAACUGUGCCGUGAAACUUAGGUUUUUAAAGUUUACGUGUUUCCUUAUUUUGUGCUGGAGACAUGGCUCUGUCCCAGAUACAGUGCCUGGACGAUAACCACGUGAACCCGCGGAGGCACGAGUCCAAACCGGAGUUCUUGUACUGCGAAGACCAGCGGCUCGCGCUGGAGACUUUCCUGCGGGAUGGUCGCGAGGCGUUUGUUAAGUACCUGGAGGCUCGCGGCCUGCGCGGCUUCCUUUCGGACCCGGAGUUGGAAACUCUCGCCGAGGCGGUGAAGCCCUAUGACCCGGGCACGGAGCUCUUCCCUGAGAAUGCCGAGGACGACGAGCCCCCGCUGUCACUGCACUACUGGCCCGACUUGUCGGAUACGUCCAUCCCGCAGAUGGACCUGGGCUGGCCGGACAGCGUGUCUUAUCGGGGGGUGACGCGCACUACUGUGUACGCGCAGCCACCUCUGGAAGGUCAGGCGCACAUCAAAGAGGUUGUCAGAAAAAUGAUUGCGCAGGCGCAAAAGGUAAUAGCAGUGGUGAUGGAUGUGUUCACCGAUGUUGACAUCUUCAGAGAUUUGCUAGAUGCUGGUUUCAAGAGGAAGGUUUCGGUCUACAUCCUGUUGGAACGCACAACACUACCUCAUUUCCUGUCCAUGUGUCGGAGAGCCAACAUGCAUGCGGGACACCUCAAGAACCUUCGUGUACGCUGCACAGAUGGAGCAGAGUUCUACACUCGGUCCUGCACCAAAAUCACAGGGCGAAUGGGACACAGAUUCAUGUUCAUUGAUGGCGACAAAGCUGUGUCUGGGUCGUACAGUUUCACUUGGAUGUCAUCGCGUCUGGACACAAGUCUCAUCACCGUGGUUACAGGCCAGACAGUGGAAGCCUUCGACAGGCUGUUUCGCAUCCUCUACUCAACCUCCAGCUUGGCUGACCUCCGGAAGGUCGCCACGGAGCCUGAACCGGAGUUGCAGGCCCUCCCACAGCCAGUCUUAGUAGCCCCUCUUUCUGCUGAUAUGGCAAGGAAACUGUACAGCCCCAAAUAUGCCCUGGUUACCUUAGGCAACCCUAGCCCCAUCCCUUCUGCUGGCCCCAAAGAAACCCAAAAUCCAAAUAACUCCAAGAACACAGAAACCAAGAAGGGGAGGCGGAGUAGGGCUAACAAAGAAGCCAUACAGGAGACUCCUUCCAGUCACCCCGGACUCACCAAUCUAGAGAAAGCAUGCUUGAUGUCAUACCUGCCCACCUGGCCAGAACCUGAUCCCCCCAGUGAUGUAAUUGGGUUCAUUAACAUUCGUGAUGCCAGCAAACCGAAUCAGGUCCAUCUACAGAGAUCUGAGAUGUUUGAAACCAGCCAAGCGAUCAGGUUUAGCAGUCCAUUCAGCAUGCCUAAGGAAAUCCUGCCAGAAGUCGCCAAGCCCAGACAGUUUACCGCUAAAUAUGAGGAGAUGAAUAAACUCCAACUAGCACAAGAUAAAACAAAGGCUGAAGAGUCGCUGGUAGGCAUAGCACAGCCAGCACAAGUCAAUGCAGGGCCUGGUGACUUCAAAGGCAAAGCAGAGGCACCUGCACAAAAAUCACCUGCAUCUGGACCAAAGUGUGAAUCCGACAAAGGCACGACUAAGACUCUCAAUGUUGAGAGCAAACGGCACUCAGACACACCCACCAACCAAGAUACAAGCCACAACACCACACUUUCUCUCAAUGCACACACACCUCGCCAAUCUAGCAGCAAAGCAUCCACUCCUACCAUUGGGAGGCCUUCACACACCACACAAACUGUCACCACCCUCCCCGGAUCGAACACUAAAAAAGAAGCAGAAAGUGAUUUAAACACACAACAACAUGAUAUUGUGUACAGUUCGCACGUCCUGGAGUCGAGCAGUACACAAGCCUCACACCUGUGUCCCGCUGACUCAAACACAGAAUCACAGACACAAACAAAGACGGUGCUGCCACAUACAGAAUCACACACGCAGCCACAAAACUUCUCUGAAAUGACUCCUAACAUCCAGACUCCCACCGUCAACAGCCACAUGUCCUCCUCUUCUACUUCUGCCACGUGCUCUCCGUCUGUCAGUUCAACCUCCCUUUCUGAAAACAAUCACGUCUCCAUUACUACAAGCACGACUCCCGGUUCCUGUUCUUCUUUGUCUUCCAUCAGCUCUUCUUCCUCCAUUCCUCCUUUCACCUCUUCUCUUACAACUCUCAAUCCUCCCCCUCCUUCUUCCUCACCAUCCCCAUGUUUGAACUCAACCCCACCCAUCCCUAAACCUCGUACGCUCCAGCUAGUUAUCAAAGGCGGCGUCAUGGGCAAUGGCCAGAAGCUGCCGGAGUUAAGUGUUGUCAGGAGGCCUGAGACGAGCAUAGGGCCGCUCGCGGUCCACGAUGAGCCCGAUGUAGCAACCGUGGCGCAGACAUCGCCAGAAAAAUUGCCUGAGACAACAAACAACAGUGGAAGCGAGACAGGAACCCAGAAAGAUGCAGAGAACACAGAAGGAGCUCUACGGCAAAAACAGAGAGGGACUUCCCAAGAGACAAAGAAUGAAGUAGUUGGACGACAUGAUGACAUUGCAAGAAUGCAGUUUGUCGCUGGAAACAACUUAGAAGAACAGUCUGAUGUUUUCAUUGCUGAUGCGCCAAAGGCAGAGAGUUUGAAUAGUCAAGAAAUUAUUCCAAACGAUGUCGAGCCCAAGUCUUGGACGUUGAUAGAGUGCAAAUUAACCCCACAGAUAGACUGUGUAGCCACACUACAGACAGAGAUAAAGGUGCCAGAAAGAGCUUUAACAGGCUGUGAGUUUUCUAAAGGACCAAGUGAAAAAAGUGAGAGUGUGACAGAAGGCAAAACAUACCUUGCAAGAGCACAUGUACCUCAGAGAAUAUCAUAUAGUGAGUUGAUGCCACAAUAUAUAGAUACAUUAGAAACUGUGGAUUCCAUGAAAGCUCCAACACACACUCCUGUUUCUUCCACACACUUAUCCAAAGACAGUGCUGGUGACAGCACACACACAUCAGUCAUAGACACACAAGGUAAUCCAGGUUUCACACCGGCACACCACACAGACAACACAACAGACAACAUACCCGCUGCAAAACAUAACACACAUGGCAGCUUUCAAGAACAAACUCCUAAAGCACGGGGAAGCACACACACACCUGAAGGACCCCUGCGUUUACGUCUUCCCGAAAAACUCAUGCCAGACUUACGUUCGAUGACGCCAGAGAGAGAAUCACGUUCACUCACAGCUCUCAUAUGCACUCCAACUCCAGACGGGUAUCUUCCACUUAAGCCCACCACCCCAGACUCACGAAUGCACACGCCGGAUCCGCGGUCAUACACUCCAGACUUUCACACGCCUUCGCCCGACGAGUAUUUCUCACCAAGAGCGGACUCCGCUCUGUCCACCACCUCAGAGGAUUCGUAUUACGAAUGUGACGACUCUACUUUCCACGAGGCUGUUUUGGAGCGAGCAGCUUCCAGCAACCACGGGAGGACAGAGGAUCAUGUUUGCGUUACACACACAACUACUCCUAAUGAUACAACCAUCACCACCAGUCCUGCACGCGUAAAUUCUAACACUCAUGCAGCUACAUUCGGCACUACAGACAGGAAUACCUCGAGCAGUGAAACACAGAGUUUAUCUAGGCCUGCUAGAGUCUCCUCUUCGUCUCCUUUACUUGAGAAGGAAGUUAAAAUGGUGGAGGAAAAACAAACCACAAAUGAAGAAGAGGGUGGGAGAGAAGAGGAUGAAAAGGGGAGGAAACUGAGUGUGGCAGAGAGGAGGACAGAGGGGGAUAACCAGGGCAUGGAGAGGAGAGGCAGCGAGGAAGCUAAGAGAUCAGCCGACCAUUUUAAACAAGGUAAAGAUUCGAAAGAGGCAGUAGAAAAAAACGAGGAGGCCCAAUACCAACCCCCGAAGAGAAAGAUGGUGCUGAACCAUUCGGCAGCAGGGAGAGCGGUCGACGGAGGAGUGACUCCAGGAGAAUUAACCAACGAUAGAACGGAGCUAAAGCAAUUGGCCACAGGUGACCUUCAACAAAAGAAGGCAUCUUCUGAGGAAAAGAGAGCAGACAAAGAGAAGGCAGUUGACAAGGCGCCGUUAGGUCCCAGCAGUGUGGAGAGGAGAGACAGACCCCAUUCAGCCACAGAGACUGAUGGACAGAAGCUUUUGCACACUUCUCCCAAAACCCCUCGAGGACAGCAGCAAGACAGUAGAGGGCCCUCCCCUUCCCGACCAUCCAGACCCCCUCGACCCCUCUCAGCCACCCAGCCUCGUCCCUGGGGAAGCCGUCAGCUGAACCAGGCAGAAAGCAAGGCACUCCACAGUAGUUUCCCGGUCUUGGAUAAUACCUCAUCCCCUCGCAAACCGCCAUCCACACCCCUUCUUCCAGUCACGGCGAGGGCUGUCGGGUCUGCAGCAGGGCGGAAGCUAGCCGAAGCCCCCCACGGUCAGCACAGCCUCCUCUUUCGACAGCCUCUAGCAGCGCAGGGCAGGACGGUAGCUGGCCAGUCGCAGAAUCAACAUCCUUACCCAAAAUCCCCUGCCUCCUUUCGCCACACACACUCUAACAGAGAGGCGCAGCUCCGUCCUCCUUCCCACAACCAGACGACAUCACCGCAGGAAGCACGUCGGCAGGAAGAAGCAACUGCUCCAUUUAGCUUCACUUUUAGCAGGCUGUACAACCUCAAGGGCCUGAAGGACAAGAUGAGCAAGCUGCCAGCACAGAGCAAGAGAGGCAGAGCCAGCUCUCCGGGACAGGGACGUAAGAGCUCCAGCUAGUCUGGUAACGUCAGUCAUCCUGGUUUUUAAUACUUUAAGACAUCAAGCCAAAGAAAUGGCAUGUUAAAAUAAAGAAUUAAGAUAGACCUCCAAGAAAAAAGCUUGACUUGCCCCAGUGUGUGUACAUUCCCAAAUUCCCAAAAUAAUAUAAAUAAUAAUAAUCUAUCCUGUGAGCUCAGCCAAGGCUUGGCUCUGCAGCAUCUUUUAACCUUUUAACCAUCGUUAACCUUAGUGUUACUUCUUGCUGACACUUUUAGUGAAUGUUCGAACUUUGACCUAUGACCCAGGACAUGUGGGAUUGUCUGUCUCGUCUGAUGGAGGAUGCACUUUAAGUUGUUUUCCACAUGGCAGUGUGAAACCUUUGCAGGACGUAGCUCCAUUACUGGACCAAACAAAGAGUGAUUGGAUAAGUGUUUUGUUUUUUUUCUCCUGGCUUCUCAUUUUUUAGAGAUGAUUCUUAUUCGCAUUGCUGCAUCUCAAACUUUUGAAAUUCUUUUCAUGUUGAAAAUCCAGCUGCCUUUUCUGGCUGAAAUUUAGGAGGUUGUGACCUCUGAUGCUGCCAGUGGCCUGGACAUCUGGAACUGAACCAUAGCUGCCUCUACUAAAUUAUGACACAGUUUUUGCUUUUUCACCCACCUGGUCUAAGUUAUCGAACAACUGAAUAAUGGAGUUGUUUUCCAUUUUCAAAGGAAAACUUGGAUAUUAAAUGUUUCAAUUGUUUGUGUGACCAAAGAAAAUGAACACCAGGAACAUAUGUAAAUCAUAUGUAAAGCCAGAAGUUUGCCUUUUACAUACUGCACAUUAGAUAGGCUGCUUUGACUUUGUAUACUGUGGAUCGUGCAAAAACAAAAGCAGUUGCUUCCUGAAUUCCUGGAUACGGAUAUGGAUUUGAAUGAAAUUCCUUAAAUCAAACACUUACUUGUUUUUUUCCUCUCUUUUUUUGUCAUUUCAUUCAGAAAUAUUAGAAAUGUGGGAGAUCUUCUUUGGUUACAGUUAGUAUGGUAUCUCGGGAUAGUGCUAUGUCAAUGUGAAUUUGUGUUUCCAACAUACAGUAUUGUAUGUGCAGUGUGACUGGGAGUCAUUACAAUGCACAUUAAUAGAGUUUGAAAUAGGUACACUGACAUGCCUGAUGAAAGCAAACAUGAAAUGUACUGCAUUACAGAUGUAUUUUUGUGCGAUACUGAACAAUGCUAAAAAAAAAAACACUGAAUGUUACAGACCGCUGUUGCAGAGAUUUAAUAUCCUCUACCACCACUUUAGAUUCUGUGAGCAGACAAAUAAGUAAAUGUUCAAAUGGCUAACGUCAUGACAGUGGCGUUUUUUAUUGUGUUUAUAUGAGUUGAGUGGGAGUAUUUGUCCCACAUUUGUGCUAUAAUAAGCCAAGUCUCUCCUCCUCUCUGGAUUUAAGUGUUUAUAAUACACAUUUGAAUGCUAAAACUGUUGAUGCAGAAUUGCACCUUAUUGUUUUUUGAUGUCUCAGACCUUCAUUCUGGUUAUUUUGUACUCUUCCAUUGUGUGCUGUACAUAGAAACACUAAAGGGGUCAGUCAAUUGAUUUAUUCGUUGUUUACACCAUAUUCCAUUUACAUUCAAAAGGCUUUUCGCCUGGAAGUCUGUGCCCAAACAAAGCAUAAGUUAGAGACGAUCCCAGUCAACACCACACAAGACGGACCAAUUACUCUGAAGACAGAUACAGAUGUCCUAUGACAACAGUGUACAAGAUGGUGCCCUUGAAGGAAUGUGGAAAUGGGCAGAGGUGCUGUUUUGCAUGACAAAUAAACUCCUUGAUGGCAUCAAU